GCGGCUGGGGUCAGGGCCCAGGGGCCGGAGGCCAUGUCGGACCUGGGCUCGGAGGAGUUGGAGGAGGAGGGAGAGAAUGACCUCGGGGAAUACGAAGGGGAUCGGAAUGAAAUGGGGGAACGGCACGGGCACGGAAAAGCCAGGCUGCCCAACGGGGACACCUACGAAGGGAACUAUGAAUUCGGUAGAAGACACGGCCAGGGGACCUACAUAUUUAAAAACGGCGCCCGAUACAUUGGAGAAUACGUUAAAAACAAAAAACACGGCCAAGGCACUUUCAUAUAUCCAGACGGAUCCAGAUACGAAGGUGACUGGGCUAAUGACCAGCGACACGGCCACGGCGUGUACUACUACGUCAACAACGACACCUACACGGGGGACUGGUUCGGCCACCAAAGGCACGGGCAAGGCACCUACUUCUACGCCGAGACGGGCAGCAAGUACGUGGGCACCUGGGUGAGCGGUCAGCAGGAGGGGGCCGCCGAGCUCAUCCACCUGAACCACAGGUACCAGGGCAAGUUCCUGAACAAAAACCCCGUCGGCCCUGGGAAGUAUGUGUUCGACAUCGGGUGUGAGCAGCACGGAGAAUACCGGCUCACGGAUAUGGAAAGAGGAGAAGAGGAGGAGGAGGAGGAGACAGCGGUCACGAUCGUUCCCAAAUGGAGGGCUAUAAAAAUCACGGAGCUGGCCCUGUGGACGCCGACCCUCCCGGAGGAGAAGCCCGUCGUGGAGCGGCCUGUGGUGGAGGAGGCACCGGGAGCCGAGGGCUCCAGCGAGCUGGUGGAGGAAAGCCCGCCCUUGCCGGAAGGAUUCGAGGGGGAGAUCGACUUGAGGUCUGGAGAUGAAGAAGAGCUCCCCCGGCAGGAGAGCCGCGAGUUCAAUUACGAGGGGGACCCGGGGAACAUGAGCUUUGAGGAAGAAGGUCGAUUCUCGGACCUGCAAGACUGAGCUGAGC